AUUUAAAUAUAUUAAGGGAAAAUACAGGCAUUUAUUAUGCAUUGUAAGCCAAAACCAAAGUGUAUAUAGAGGUCUAUGCAGUAAGAAAAUUAUAUAUCCUCUAAAAAGACCAAAACAUUGUAAAGAAAACAUGGAAUGGGACUUAGUUCAGAUCACUUGAUUAAAAAUUAUGAAGAAAUUUGGGCAGAAAGAAACACACAUUCUAAAAAUCUACUGAUUUCCCAACUUUGGUUUCUCCUGCAUUUUUAAUACUGAGGAUUUUAUGGUCUUCCAAAAUUUAUUGUUAUUGAGCUGUCUCUCUGGACUCCACCACAGUUAUUUUGAGAUCUGCAGUGACAGAACAAUGUAAAUGAUUACAAUGGAAGCAAGAUUGGCUCCCAAACAUACUACAUUUCAGAAUACUAGUAUUGACUAAGAUAUAUGAAAUUAAAGGAAAGUUGGAGUAGUCAUAUUUUAGUUCAUAUUGAAACAGAUUUUUAAGAACUGUUUCAGUAUCACCAUAGCUAUGAAUGUUUUUUCAGUGAAAUAGCUAUUGCAUUGAUAGUUUCAGCAGAAGCCCAGGUUGAUGAUAUAGAACAGGUCAGACAGUAUAGCUAAUUCAGCAUUUGAACUUUGAUGUUCUAUUCAUUUUUUUAAAAAAUCUCCAGUUAAAAAGAAGUGGUUAAAAGUAAGAUUUACAACUUUAAAGCCUAGACUAUGAGAGGAGGGACAGACAUGACUUACUUCAACAAAUACCUCCAUACAAGCUGCUGAUUAAAGAGUGAUAUUAACUAAUUCUUCUAAAGGAAAUUCCAUCGUCUUCCACAACCUGAAGGAUGGCAACCAUGAUCCAGAAACUUUGUAAUGACAGUGAUGAAGCUAAUUUAAAAUAAGAAGGAUGUUUAACAUGCCACCAUGCACUAGGUCGUCCAAAGACUAAGGAGAAAUUACAAAACAUCUAGUCCUAGCCAGGGAAUUGAAUGGGAACAGAAGAACCAGUUCAUACCAGUAUUUUUACUUGAACUAGAACCAAACCUGAACCAUGAAUUUGUCCUACCUACUGAACCUGAACUUUAAAAUAAUUAUUUGGGUUUCUGGUUAAAAUAAAGGUUUCACUUUUUUUUUUUAGGUUUAAAUAUUUAAAAUUACUGUGAUCCUACAUAAAACAAGACAACAAGAUAACAAAUAGGCAUACCUGAAGGCAUGCCUCAGUAUAACAAGAAGAGAAUGAGGCCCACAAGAGUGGGAAGGAAGAUGAGAAGCUUAGGAACUGCUUGCACAACACAUGUGGAAGCAGUGGAUCCAGAGAAUGAUAGAAGGUCCAUCUCUGGGACUUCCCACUGAGGAGAGAUGUGGAAUACUCCCUGGUCCCAGAAAUUAAUAAUAUCUUUUUCCUUGCGCUUGAAGAGAAUUAAUGGCUACCCAACCCUUCUCCCCCUUAGCCAGGCCUCCUCCCACCCAUCCCCAACUUCGGGGCAGCUCCCCUCUCUAGAUGCCCAACUUGAGGCAGGGCCAAUACCCCAAACUCAAAUGUAAACUUUCACUGAAAAGAUCCAAUAUGGACAGGCAAAUAUUAGAAGAUAUUAUUUUAGUUCUCUCAAAUAAAUUGUUCAUAAAAAAACGGUUUAGUUGACAACGAAAACCACUAGGAAAACAUAUGUAAAGUUAAAGUUAAAAAAAUAAAUGGUCAAAAUUCAAAAAAAAGUUUCCAUUUUAAGUUUGAACUCUUUUUUAAUUUAUUUCCAGUGAGAUUAAAAUUUUAUUUGAACUGGCUCAAACCAGUAUUUGAACCGUUAUUUUUGUUUGGUGGCUUGAACUGGAACAAAACCCAGUUCCUGGUCCAGUAGUCGCCAUACUCUGGCAAUUCAUCUCUGAAGGCAGCACAGAAGUAAGAGUGGCAAUACCGUGACACCCUUACAAUAACCAGAUUUCCUGGGGGAGACUAGAUUUUCACAGCCAUGAAUUUGGUAGGGCUCUACUUAUCACUGCUGCUAUGCCACGCCAAAGGUUUGAGACCUCACCAAUAUCACAAUAUUAAAUCUCGAAGCAGAUUUGACUAUUCUCCAUAGCAUAGGGAAAUAAUAUCGUCUCUAUGUGAAAAUCUGCUACCCAGUUAGUUUCAAGUUAAUUGGAGGGCUAUUGGCAUUAGCCAAACUCCCUUUUGAGGAUAUGUAUGUAAGGCCUAGAUAAUGGUUUAAUAGCAUGAACACUGAUGAUUUUAUAUAGAAGAUACAAAAUAGCCAAAGUGGUGAAAUAAUAGUGGCAAUGAGGAAGCUGGAGCCGUGAAGUGCUCCAAUGGACUUCCCAGACCCAAAGUAACAUCAUACUAGAAAGAAAAUUGAAAGAAGAGGCUAAAGAAAUGAACAGCAUGUAACAGCCCGAAUUGAAAGAGGAGGAAAUCACUUGCAGAAUUAAGGCGCAAUCAUCAGAAUGGCUUGAAGAAAAUGAAGUACACCAGGAGUGUAGGAACAAAAAAUGCAAGGAUAAAACAGACAAUUUAGGCUAAAAAUCAGUGAGAUUUUAGACAUGAUGAACAAAUUAAGGUGGCAUUAGUAGUCUGAGAGAUUACAUAUGACUAAUGUAAAUGGAAAAGCUAACCUCAAUUAAUUGUUAGGACUGAUAAAUUACAUAGGUCACAAAAUUCAGAGCUAAAGUUUCUAACAGAAUGUUAACUCUGCCUUGUUGCAUACCUUGUAUAGUAUGGUAUACAUUUGUUAUCUGACUUAACAUUGCUAUUUUAGACAAACAUCAAGUACUACAUACAUGUAAAAUGGCUAAACUGAUGUUGUUUCAGAAAAAUCACGAGUUAAGGUUUCCAACUGCUGCACUGUUUUAAGUGCAGACCUGCCCUGAGAUUCUGUCAACAUUUUCAGAACUGUAACUCCAAAUGUCUGGGUCAGGGAAAGGAAGAGGACGUGCUGCAUUUACUUUCAACAUCGAGGCUAUUGGCUUUGCCAAAGGUGAAACGCUACCUGAAGUAGCAUUCAAGCCCCCUCCACUGUUUCCUCCAACAGAUUUUAAGCCAGUGCCUCUGAAAAUGGGAGAGGAAGAGGAUUAUAUGUUGGCCUUAAAGCAAGAAUUUAGAGCAAGUAUGAAAAAAAUGCCUUAUUUUAUGCAAAAAGAAGAUGAAAAUCAAGGAAUUGAAAAAUAUAGCAAAAAGUACCUGCAGAUGAGAAAAGAAUCCAUGGAAUGGACCCCAGAUUGGCGAAGACUUCCAAGAGAGAUGAAGCCAAGGAAAAAGACCAAAAAAGGUGGAAAAACGAAAAAAGGAAAAGUUGCCACACCCAAAAGUAAUGUGGAUGUGUUGAAAAAAAUUGAGGAGUUGGAAAAGAAAGGUGAUGAAGAAAAAUCUGAUGAGGAAAAGGAGAAAGAAAAAGACAAAGAGGGUGAAGAAGAAGAAGAAGAAGCAGGAAAUGAACAAGAAGAAUAUGAUGAAGAGGAACACGAAGAGGAAAACGACUACAUUGCUUCAUAUUUUGAAGAUGGCGAUGACUUUGGUGCUGGCAGUGACGACAAUAUGGAUGAAGCAACUUAUUAGUUAUUUGUAUUAGAUUGUGUCCUACCCUGGCCUUCUAAUACAUCCACUAAACCACUUGGACCCAGUUGUAGGUGGGCUGAGCACUCACAACUGUUGAUGCGGCUAGUUGGAGUUGGAGUGCUGAGUUCACCCUCAGAUGAAAGGGCAUUUUUUUUUCUGAUUUAUUUAACGGAGUUGAAAAAUGGGAGACCUAGCUGCCAUAUUCUGUUCUUCCAAAAUGCUUUGGAGACAGGUAUUUAUCACUGCAAGGUUCUCUGUAUUUGUACUAUGUAUUCCUUUGUAUUGCCUCUGCUGCACUGGAAAAGAAUAUGCAUUUUGACUGAAUUGUGCCUAAGCAUUUGCACUUCUCUCCAUUCUAUGCAUGGGUGGAAACAAAUCCUGUUCCGAAUUUGAAGUCAUACUUCAGAGGAUACUAAAGUCAGUAGCAAAACUUGUAUUGACUUAAGUGAACCAGGAUUUGGUCCUUUCUGAACACAAGCUGUUCCUACUUAGCUGCUGACUUUCUAAAGGAAUUUAUUAUAAUUUCUGUAAUCAGGGGAUUGAAAUAUAACUGAACACUGAGCACUUUCAUGAACAAAGUAGCCUAAAAGUACUUUGGUACUGUGGACUAACAAGGUAAGGAGAUAAUUUUGAAAGGCUCUUGCAUUCUAAUCAACAGACUUUCAUAAUUCAGCACUUCGACCAAUAGAGAGCAUCUUUCAAAUCAGUGCUUGCUGGGUGUAAGGAGACUUAAUAAAUGAGAUUUAGAUUGUGUUUUAUGAAUUACUUUUUGCUGGAAGUGAGGUCUGGGGCUAAUUAGUAGCUUCAUUUAGAGAGGUUUUGUGGCUGAGGUUUGAGCAAGGGAGUGGAAACCAGGAAAUUCUGAUUUCUAGGUUUGGCUCUUCUCUGUGGCCUUGGACAAGUCCCUUAACAUCUCUGCAUCAGUUUCCCCAGCUGUUAAAUGGGGGAAAAUACUACUUCCUACCUCAUAGUACUGUUGAGAGUCGAUGUUCGUAAAAAUACCUGCUAUGUAAAUCUGAAAUAGUUUUCAGUUAAUUUACUUCCCAGCACAGCCAAAAUAUCAGACAGUAAAAGAAUGGUACAUAUAAUAGAAGAGUAAUAUGCUAUGAUAAACUGUGAAGGUGGUGAAAACAAUACAUGAAUUCUAUAAAUAUUCUAUAUUUGAGGAUGAAUAUGUUGUGACUCUAAUCUUUCCAUUACAAUAAUCCUAGGAGUUAUUUGUGACAAUAGUUGGUAGGUACAACAUUUUCAAAUGUAUCACUAAUAUUUUUGUGUUCCUAAGCAACUUAAAAUAGGUCUCAUUUUUAAAAAACUGUUUUGCUUUGCUUAAAUUCACUCAGAAUGAAUAGAAAGCACUGGAUCCUAAAAUCUCAGCAUCAGCUGAAACUGUCACUGUUUCAGUUAUGGCCUUUGAUGCCUUUUUGAAGUAGCCACAGGAGCUGUCUUCAUAAAAGGAGAAGCAUGUGGUUUUAUAAAAUAGGCUUUAAAUUUCCUUUCUGCCUAUCUUCAAGGAAAUUUAAAGCUUAUCCUUAUUGUUUUUUGUUUCCUUCAUGCUUCUGUUUUUCUCUGAAGUACUCCCAGCUGGACUCACAACUACUCUAAAAAGAUGGAGAUGCUGAGGAUAAAUCUAAAGCAAAAUCAAUAGAAACCAUUUUAGCUGACUUGAGGAUUGGGGGUGGCAGGGGGGAGCAGGUUUCAGAUUUUUUAAUUUAAAAUUUAAUAAAAAUGAAUAAAAAGUUGAAAAUAAACUUUUUCCUCUAGAAUUAUUGAUCUGGGAAAUGUCACUAAAAGGCUCUAACCUAUGCUUUUGUUGUCCCUCUGCACAAAUUGGAACCUGUGUUAGCUGAUCAUAUUGGUCCUCUUUCUUUUCGCUCUUUAGCUGUUGAGAACUAAAAUGUGUUCUCAUCCAGUGAGAAACUGGUUAUUAGUUUAAAAGCUUACAAGAUUAUUUUUUUUAAAGUUUGUUUCUUGAUGGCUGGGACACACAUUUGCCAAACAAUACUUUACCUCAGUGCUAACUCUGAAACAAUAGAGAGAUAAAAUUCAGAAAAAACUAUUUACCUGUACUAAUAGCUGUGUAAUUUAGGGAAUGGCUGUAUUUUUUUCCUGUGUUAAUUUAAAUGCUCUGAUAAACAAAACAUGAAGCAAUUCCAAAGGAUGAGACAACUAAAUACAAUGCAGAGCACACCUCAAAUGUAUAAACUUGAUUAUUUUUAAAUAUUAAAUUGCUAUGUAGGAAGAUAUAGCAAAACAAUGU